AUGAGCACCUACCACGGCUACGACGACGACUACGACGAGCCGCGGCGUUACCGCAACGUUCGCACCCGACCACGUGAGAGAGACGAGCCGGAUUAUGUCCGCGAGGAGACGUACAUCGAGCGCGGCAAAGGCCCAGGACCACGCCAUGGAGAGCUUGUCUACCGCGGACGAGAAGAUAGCGUCGAGGACAUCCCGCGUGACUUCCCACCUCCAGGCCGCAGCGGUGGUUCUCGAUACAGCGCGUACGACGACCGUCGUGGCAAGAGCGUAGGCGGCGGCAGAUCAAGAUACUCCGACGACUAUGACGACGACCGAUACACCGACUAUGCUGCACCAGCUGCUGCAGGUGCUGCCGGCUACGCAGCUGGACGUCGUGACCGCAGCCGCCAUCGAGGACACCGCGAUGAUCGAGACUACGACUCGGAGUACUCUGACUCACCACCACCACGUCGCAAAGAACCAGAGCGCAAGAAGUCAGGCAUUGGCGAGACACUCGAAAGCCUUGGACUAGGAGGUCUCGUUGGUGGACUCGUCGGAGGUGCCAACAAGAAAGAUGGCUCUCGUGCCGGCUCUCGCGGUGGACGAUCUCGUUCUCGUGCAGGCAGCCGCCGAGGUGGAUACGACUCAGACGACAGUCGCAGCCGCUCUCGAGGCCCCGAUGGCAAGAAGAGGACCGAGAGGAAGUGGGCACAAGCAGCUCAGGCAGCUCUCGUUGCUGGUGCAGUCGAAGCUUUCCGUUCUCGCAAGGAGCCCGGCCCAUGGUCUGGAGACAAGGGCAAGCGCAUCGCGACUGCAGCACUCGGAGCUGGUGGCAUUGACGGUAUGAUUGGCCGCGACCCUGAUAAGAAGACCAAGCGCCAUCUUGCCGAAGCUGUCGUCGGUGGUCUUGCAGCUAGUCGUCUUGCCAAUGGUGCGCGCUCCAAUUCACGCGGCCGUGGUGGUCUCGACUCUCGCAGUGUCUCUCCUGACAGUCGCGCUCCACGUUCCCGCAGCCGCAGCAUCAUCGACCGUUUCCGAGGCCGCUCACAAUCUCGAGGACGACCAGGAGAGGAAGGCGGAGGAGGCGCUGGAAACGCGUUGAAGGGUUUGGUGGGAGCUGGAGCCGUGGCUGCCGCUGGCAAGGCCAUCUACGACCGUGUGCGUUCCAAGUCCCGUAAGAGGCGCUCACCCUCAAACUCUAGCGCAGACUCGUAUGUGCCCUCCCGCACCCGUCAGCGAGACAGGCGUCGCUCACCGAAUUCAGAUACCGGCAAUACUCGCCGGACCGACGAAGCUUCAGGUCGAGAAGUCGCUCGCGGUACUAGAUCGAAUGCUGGGGCGGCAGCCGGCGCAGGUGCCGCUGCAAGUGCCUUGACCACGAGAGGCAACGGCGGCGGUAACGACAAAUUCAAUGACAACCACGUCUCCAGCGACAGUAGCAGCACAACAGAUAUGGAAAAGACCAGAAAACACAUGCGAGGAAAAGAACUCAUUACAGCGGGACUUGCGACUGUGGCAACUAUUCAUGCGGCACAUGGUGUUUACUCAAGCAUGGAAGCUCACGAGAAGCGACAUCGGCUGGUGGCAGAGGGUGAAAUGUCUCCUGAAGAAGCUCGAAAGAAGCAGACGAAGGCGUGGAUCCAAGAUGCUGCAGCUGUCGGUAUUGCCGCGCUGGGUAUCAAGGGCGCUUUCUCUGAGUGGAAGGAGAUGAACGAGCAGAGACGCGAAAUCCAAGAACUCGAGAAGCGGAAGGCGGCACGCCGCAAGAAGCGCAUCGCCCGCCAAAAGCAGGAGGAGCGAGAGAGACACGAACGAAUGAUGAGCAUUUUGGAGAAGAACCCCGGUCUUGCGAUGGGUUACAAAAUGAACCAAGAAGGCUUUGCCUUGCCUGGCGCAGGUGCUCCUCCUCCUCCUGAACUCAGCGGGAAUCCUUAUGCUGGUCAGAAUGGUGGUUCUCAGCGAUACUAG